GUUGUAAAGGAAGACUGAAGCCCAGGAUGAUAUGAGCAGGCAGUUUGUCAUGAGAGGAUGUGCCAGCACCCUUGCUGACCUGCUCGCUCAGCCCGUGCCGCACACAUCUGGCCAGCGUGUGGGCUGCUGCCUUUCUUUGCCUCACCUCUUGUUCCCGGUGCGCUGCUCUGGCUGCUUGGCUCACCAUGGGAGGAGGAUGCUUCUCCAAGCCCAAACCAGUUGAAGUGAAAAUUGAAGUUGUGAUACCUGAGAAGGAUAGAAGCAGGGAAGAGAUGUCACCCAAUGGGAAAGCCAGUCCACUUGUUUACAAAGUCAAUGGGACUGCCCGGCAUUAUCAUCUUGAGGAACAUCCCAUUGCCAGCAACCCUUACCACAAUCCAAAGGAUGUGGUGGAAGCAUCUGUGUGCCAUGUGAAGGACCUUGAGAAUGGACAGAUGCGAGAAGUGGACUUGGGCUGUGGGAAGGCUCUACUGAUAAAGGAGAACAGUGAAUUCUAUGCAAUGGGACACAAAUGCCCUCACUAUGGGGCCCCGCUGGUGAAAGGGGUUUUGUCUAAAGGAAGAGUCCGCUGUCCCUGGCAUGGGGCUUGCUUCAACAUCAGCACAGGUGAUAUAGAGGACUUUCCUGGCUUGGACAGCUUACCCAGAUUCCAGGUGAAGAUUGAGAAGGAGAAGGUAUACAUCCGAGCAAGCAAGCAGGCUCUUCAGAUACAGAGGAGGACAAAGAUGAUGGCAAAGUGCAUCUCCUUGAGCAACUAUAACCUGAGCAGUACCAACGUGCUGAUCGUCGGUGCAGGUGCAGCUGGGUUAGUCUGUGCGGAGACCUUGCGCCAGGAGGGUUUCUCAGACAGGAUUGUAAUGUGCACGAUGGACAGACACUUGCCUUAUGACAGACCAAAGCUCAGUAAGUCAAUGGAUUCCCACCCUGAGCAGAUUGCCUUGCGCCCUAAAGAAUUCUUCCGCGCAUAUGACAUUGAAGUCUUGACUGAAAUGCAGGUUGCGGCUGUGGAUAUCAAGAACAAGAUAGCUGUGUUCAAGGAUGGAUUUAAGAUGGAGUAUAACAAACUGCUGAUAGCGACUGGAAACACGCUGAAGGCUCUCAGCUGUAAAGGCAAAGAAGUGGAAAAUGUGUUUAACAUCCGAACUCCUGAAGAUGCUAACCGUGUAGUGAAACUCGCCACUAGCAAGAACGUAGUUAUAGUGGGAGCCUCAUUCCUUGGGAUGGAGGUGGCUGCCUAUCUCACAGAGAGGGCCCAUUCUGUGUCUGUGGUUGAGCUGGAGGAAGUGCCCUUCAAGAAGUUCUUUGGGGAGAGGGUUGGCCGUGCUGUCAUGAAGAUGUUCGAGAACAACAGGGUGAAGUUCUACAUGCAGACGGAAGUGUCAGAGCUGCGGGAGCAGGAGGGCAAGCUGAAGGAGGUUGUACUGAAGAGUGGGAAGGUUCUGCGUGCAGACGUGUGUGUCGUUGGUAUAGGUGCAGUCCCUGCGACAGGGUUUCUCAAGCAGAGUGGCAUCAACAUUGACUCCAAAGGCUUUGUCAUUGUCAACAAGAUGAUGCAAACCAACAUCCCAGGAGUCUUCGCAGCAGGUGAUGCUGUUACAUUCCCGUUGGCCCUUCGGAAUAAUAAGAAAGUGAAUGUCCCUCACUGGCAGAUGGCCCAUAUGCAUGGCCGUAUAGCAGCUCUGAACAUGCUGGCCCAUGGCAUGGAAAUCAGCACGGUCCCAUACCUGUGGACUGCUAUGUUUGGAAAGAGCAUUCGAUAUGCAGGCCAUGGAGAAGGAUUCGAUGAUGUCUUCAUUCAAGGAGAUUUAGAUGAACUGAAGUUUGUGGCGUUUUAUACCAAGAGCGAUGAGGUGGUGGCUGUGGCCAGCAUGAACUACGAUCCCAUCGUGUCCAAGGUGGCUGAGGUCCUGGCUGCUGGCAGGACCAUCCGAAAGCGUGACGUAGAGCUGUUUGUCCGUCACGGCAAAACUGGAGAUAUGUCUUGGCUAACUGGAAAAGGCUCCUAAUGCUGGAUAUAGCUGCUCUCUCCUGAUGCUGCACUCGCCCUUGAGGAGAUGGAGAUCACCUGAUGUUCCAUGGUGAAAUGCAAAUAACGCAGCUGAGUUAUUUCUCUUCUCAGACUUGGAUGAACCCAGUGUCUUUCACUGAGCAGUUACCUUCCCAGCAAUUCCUAUCUGCAUGCAAACAGCUGCUAACUCCUGCAUCCCAGCGGCUGCCUGUACUGGGAUUCUGCAUUUUAAGUUCCUGUGGGAACGCAAGAAAGCAGGACCAUAGAGACAUGGGCUUUGACAUUCGCAGCAAGCAUGUGUGCAGCAUGACUGGCGAGGUGUCACUGUGACCUCUUCUGCCUGUGGGACACCAGGGGAGCAGGCGGCUGUCUACUUCCAUGCUGUUCUGCCUGGGAAUGAUUUAUGAAACCAGGCAGAGUAGUUAUUCUGCGUGGCAUGAUGAGAUCGUCUACCCCAAGCACAUCUGGUUUUUCCCAUAAACAGCACUAGUGCCUUUCAUCGCUCCAUGUGACCACUCCAUGCUCUCAAGCACAUUAUCUCCUUCCCAAAUCCUCCUUGCUCCCAGCUAAAGUCACCCUGCCACUGUGCUCCAAGCACAUCCCUGUGGAGCAUGCCGUCAGGGCAUCCUGACCCUUUCUGCAUGUUGCAUUGCCUGCAGCAGUCACACUCAUGCAGCUCUCCUCAUGCCAGGGCACCCCAUAGCCUCCCACCCAGCCCUCAAAGCUAGGAGCAUACUGGGGUGGUAGGAGGGAUGUGCAGCCGGUCAGAUGACCCCAGCCUUUGUAAAGCCCAUGUUUAUAUUUCCUUGCACCUAUGCUCCCUCACAUGUGGCUCCAGUACAUCCCACCAUGCUUCAUGCCGACAUGCUCUGCAGUUCCUUCCCAAGAUUUGUAGAGACUUUGCCAGGUUUUUGGAGGGAUCUGAUGGAAAGGCCCUGAGAUGCUCUGGGCUACUCUUACCAUCUAGCUCCCAUCAUUUCCCAGUGCAAACGAGUCCCUGCCUAAGCUGACUCCAGCAGUUCAUCAUGUGGCCUCUUCAUGGCUCUGUAUCACCAUCCCAGAGCCCACUCCAGGGGCUUCAUCAUCCAGCCACGCCAUCUCACUCUACUUAAGCACACCAGCAAUUGUCAGUCUCGCUCAGUUCUCUCUGGCCCCAGCCUGACCUCAUUUAUGCUUGUGCAUUUCCAGCUUUAAUUUUGCUGCUUUUGACAGCAAAGCAGCCCUGCAAGAACCCUGGGAUUUCAGGCAUCAUAGUCAGGCCUUGGGAUGCAGAGGCAGUGCUCUGUGCAGCGCCCAAGGAGAGGUGUUACCAGCCCACACUGCAAGACUGCUGCUCAUGGGAUUGGUGUCUGCCCUUCAAAUCAGCCUCAUAAUUGCUCUCUUCCUAAAAGAUUACUGAAGAGUUAACCAUGCAGCUAAAAUGUUGCUCAGGAAAAAUAUCAGAGUAGUGACUGGAGGAGUAUUUCUGACUGUCUUCUGUCAUUUGCCAUUUAUUCUUUCUGUCAGCUACUGACAAGCCUGCAUUUCUCAUCUCAGCUUUCCACGUCAGUGCUCUGCUGUCACAUUUUCUGUCCCUUCCUGGAAGAAAGGCCUUGCCGCUAGCUCAGAAGUGGGUCUGGCCAGUCCUGACCCCUGUCUCGGCCAGCCCAGCAGGGUCUGGGAGUGGUAGGAGACCCCCACCUGGAACAGUUUCCGAUGUUCUUUUCCCAGAUGUUUGUUCUUUGUCAGUUAAUUUUUUACCUGCAGUAUGACAUCAGUAAUGCCUUUUGGCAAGGAGUUCUGUAAGUUGGCUGUGUGAUGUCCAUCCUAAUGCUGCAGGGCAGCAGGGCUGAGGCCACCAAAGCAACCUCAUGGGAGGAACCAUGGCCGUGCACGCAGUCCAGUGGGGAGGCAGCCAUCCGGCCUUCUUCCCUACUCUUUGCACAUACUUUGGGGAGCUGUGGGUUCAUGUCCUGCAUGUGUCUUGUGGGGGUGGGAUGGUCAGAUUCUGCUUUGGCAGCUCCUCAAUCAGAAGCUGCUCUCUAAGAUACCUGGCUGUGCUUGUUUGUUCUCUGGGGACAGCAGGGACACGAUGCAGUGUUACCACCUGGAGCUCCUGCUAUAGCUUUAGCUUCUUGUCGCCGGAACAGAGGAGAACUGCCUGCUGGGAAGGCUGCCCAGGCUGUGGAGGAAUGUGAGGACCACUGCAGUCAAGGGCACCCACGCACAUCCUCUGGUUAGCACAAAGGCAGGCAUUUUCUUGGCUCAGGGAGAGCCUGCAAGUAUCGUUUGAGUAAUUUGUUCCUCUGACUUGUCAGCACCAGCUUCCAUUUGCCAUCAUGCUGCUUAAAUCCUUCUGAGCCCCUCUUAGGUUUCUCCACUGUUGGUCAGCCAGCAGCAUUUGAUGUUAUUCUUAACCAUCUCCAAUUGCUCUGUUCCUGCCUUCCCAAACCUGUGUUCUGGCAGUGGCCCUAGCACAGCCUGCUACAUCUGCUCUUUACCUUUUUACAUGAGACAGAUAAAAGCUUAUGAUUUCGUCUUCUCUUUAUUGUCUAUCAUGAGUUGCUGCUCAAUCUGUGACAAGUUAGUGUCUUCCAUAGCUUUAUGUUGCGGGUUCUGUACAAAGCUCUUUGAAAUGCCAGUUAUCUCAUACCUACCUGAAGUGUUAUUCCAUGUUUUUUAUUAUACCCUUGACUAAUUAAAGUGGAUGAGGAAGGCAUGACUGUGCCACAGUGCAGCACUCCUGGUUCUGCUUUGUGAUUUUUUUUUUUUCUGUAGGUCCAGCAUUUCUUCUGCUCUGAAUAAGGCUGGCAGUCUUAAAUCACUAUGCACUACCCCAGCCCUCCCAGGCAGCACCUGCAAGGGAUGGGAGCUUUGCUGAGCUUUUGCAAUACCUCUAAUGUCCUGGCCACCCAAAGACUUAGCAUCCUUUGCAAGAGUCUUUGUAGACAGAUGAGCAAGGCCAGAUCAGAUAUUUUGUUUCAGGAAUGUCUCCUUUGAGUCCUCCACCUCUGCUGGGGCCUCAUCUUCAGUGUGUGACAUGAGACAGCAUAUGGCAGGCAUUGCCCUCAUGUUCUUCGUGCUGAAGGCUGUGCAAGGGUUGAGAAAGGGCCUCAGGCCUCAGGCCCUCCACAGUCAGGGGAGUGUCCCAUUCCCCCUUUUUACAGAUGAACUGUUUCUGACAGAGCUAGGAAUAUCACCCUGUGAUAAGAGAAACCCAAGACAUCACCUCCAGCUUUCCUAAAGAUACAUGCCAAAUCACGGCCAGAGCUACUUCACAGAGCUCCUAACACUGAUCAGUCACUUUCCAUGGGCCUCCACUGUCCCUUGCCUGGCAUGGGGCUGUGUUGGACUUGGGACCCCUGUCCAAGUCAUGGACAAGCGGUUAUGUGUGUCCUGCUGGAGUGUCCUGCUACAGUGAGGCAAAGCUGGCCACAGCAAAGCACAGGAUUUCCUAUCUCAUUUUAUUGACAUCUCCAGGCAUUUCUUGUAACCUCCUGCACCAGCCCAGAAAGUUUCUAAAUCAUUUUAUGAAACUGCUUGUUCCUGUUAGGAAUGAGCAACAUUAGCCUCAGGCUGAACACUUUUGAUGCACAUACAGCUUAUUAGAGAACCUCCUCCAUUUGCCAGUUGUUCUGCCAUGCAUUUGUGUUCUGAGUUCAUCCCCAGCCUGUGGCCAGACCUUCAAAAAUGCUUCAUUCCCUGAGAAACAAACUUCCCCAGGUGUUUUGCCCAUCAUAUAUAGCUUUUGCCAACGUGCCCAGGUAUUUUCUGGGUUGUUCGUCUCCUGUAGAUGCCCCCUCUGUUCACACACAAGAUGUGGUGCCUGCAGGCCCUGAGCUUUACGCAACCCCCUGAGUUCUCCACCAGGUCCUGCUCAGCAGGAACAAAACUCUGUUUUGUUCAUGCCUUGGCUUUCUGUCUGCACCUCAACCGGUGAACUAGCUGGACCCAUACAGCAGCGCCCAUUGUGCUCCCCUUGCUCUCAACACAGGUUUCCUUCCUUUACAUCCAAGAAUCCUUCUAGACUUCGAGCUAUGGCAUUGCACUACACAAUAUAUUUAUUUUAGUUCCCUAAUGCCUUAAGCUGUUGUUAAAAAUCAUUGCUUCUCAGGGGGUGUUUUCCCAGACUUUAAGUAUGACUUGGACCCUUUGUCCAUAAAUGUCUAAUUGUGCUUUCAGUUUUGUUACAAGCAAGCUGCUUGUGUGAGCACUGCUUUUUAAUGCAUUGGAGUUUACUGGACAUUUGUGACCAAUAGUCUCCAGACCAGUCUUUUUGGUGCCAGUUCUAAGGUAACUUGAGGCAGUUAGGAUUGCUAGUUGUUGUUGAAUAUCUUCCCUAAUGCAGUAGAGAUUAUUUCCUUGCCAAUGCAAUCUCUGGAUGCUUAGUCCAGACAUUCCCAAAUACAGAUGUGUAGACCUUUCUGCUAGUUCAUCAUCCUUGAUUAGCUCACCAUCCUUCCAUCCUUAGCCAAUAACAGAGUGCAACACUUACCGCAGGAUGCAUUUUUUUUUCCAUAUCUGAUUAGAUUUCUUGUGAAAUCUGCUUAGCAUAGAUUUUUUUUUUUCCCACUGAUAAGGUAAGAACAGGAGAAAGGCUGGCCUGAGAUGGGGCACAGGGCCACGCUAUGGUAUCUUCAGUGCUCGCCAGUCACAGAUACUCAGGGAAGAGUCUGAGAAACAGGCCACAUAUGCAUUAUCCUGGGCUGUACUCACAGCUUAGGACCUGUCUUGAGAUACAGAUUGUGUCUUUGUGCUUAGAAGCCCCUGAUGGACUUCUCCCUGUCAUGAAUUGCUCUAAUCAUGUUUUGAGUCCCUUUAACUUCUCAGCAUCCUGUGGCAAUGAGCUCCACAGCUUAAUUUUGGCUUUUAUUAAAAAAAGAAGAAGAAUCUUCUUUCUAUUGUGUUUUCAUGUCACUUGACAGUCCCAGGCCCUUAAGGUCCACAUUUAAAAUAUUCUUUCUCAGUAUUUGCUGUAGACUACCCAGACACAGGCUACUUCAGCAGCUGGUCUGUCUGAGACCUUUUCUGGGCAGAGUAGGAGUCUGAGGAUCAUAAUCCGCCCAGGUCCCCAGGGAGAGAGCUGGCAGGCCUGCCAGUGAGCACAGCAGGGAGGUGGGUGCCAGAGGGAGACGCAGCUGGGUGCGCUCCCUCCCUCAUGGGCUGCAUGUGCCCCGGUGCUGGUUCAGCGCGGCACAGCAAAUCCCUCCCUCCUGCUUCUCCUGCCCUUCUGCCACUUCAGGCCAGGCCAGCAUCAGCCUUGCAGGUCAAACCAGACUCCUGCAUUCCCCAGGAUGAUUUGCACAGCUACUGACCUACCCCCCCUGCAUGAUCCAGCACCCCAGCGCUUCCCUGCUUGCUCACCCUGAAAGUGGCUUCUGCAGGGGAGGUAGCAGGGUGGAGGGCAUGAGAGAGGGGCUUGACACAUGGCAUGCAUACACUCUGGGGCCCUGGCACGUGCUGUCCCCUCCGCAGGCGUCCCCACAGUCCAGUCAGGGAUUUUUAAGUAAGCAAUAAUUACACAGAUUAAAAUGCAGCCUUGUACCCCUGAUGGAGCACAGGGUGUAGUGCAGCGGGAGAGAAUGCGCAAGGAGCUGAUUGCUGUUUCAGAGGGCACGCAGGGAGGGUAACUGCCCUGUCUCCAUCACAGUGAUGGAGGAGCUGGUGCAACAGGCUACACUCCCUCCCUAUGCAGCAGAUACUCUGCGUAUCCUCAUAGCUCCUACAUGGGUGAAUGGGAGCUCUCGCCUUGGAAAUAAAGGCCACUUAUCCAA